AGAGGAGACAAGAAGGUAGUGGCGGUGGAGUUCACGAUGAUGAAGCCACAGCUGAUGGUGGAAGCACCAAAGGUAGUUGAUGCAGUGCAAUUCUACAAGACUGCGUUUGACGCUAUCGAUAAUAGCUAUACUCUUUACCCCAAGUGCAAGGCUGAGCAGGAGCUUCUUCAUAUCCUUUCUAUUCAGUUUGAGCUCAUUGGCUCUACCAUUCUCGUAUCAAACAUUGCUAGUAACUCUGCUUCUGUGAAAAGUGAAGAAACUGGAUGUGUGCUUUGCAUCAAAACUGAGGACGUGAAAGUUGUUAUAGCCAAAGUAGUGAGCACUAGAGUCAUUGUAGAGGGCAGUGAUGCAUGCUGUGGUGGGCAUGUAGGCAAGGACAAGGCUCCCUAUGGAUAUAGUUGGCUCAUCUGCUCUCUUGCCAAGAAUGUUGCUGACGUCCUUACACUGUUAGGAUCUGGUUCUUUUUUGCUUUUGAAUUCUGAAAAAAGUAUAGAAAACAGGCAGAGAAAGUUUAUACCUGCCUAUCUACGUUGGCCUCAUAUGCAAGCUGAUCAAGUUCUAGGGCUAAGUACCAGAAAAAUUGGAGGGAGGUUUUGGAAGCACCACCGAUCUUUCUCUGUUCGCUCUACAUGCCAUGCUAUUGUUAAACCAUUUACCAUGAGAUAUGUUAAUACUGGUUCAGAUGAUCACCUAGUCAAAAUUAGGUCUAUGAAAACUGCAUUUUGCUUGGCUAGCUGCUGUGGACAUGAAGGUGAUGUAACUGGCUAUGGGUUGCCAGUUUUAGUUUUACGAGGACAUACUGGAGCUGUAAUUGCCAUUACAUUUAGUCCUAGGCCCUACCUUUGCUUCCCAACUUUAAUUGUCAUUUGA